AUGGCAUCAUCCGAUAUGAUAGCCGUCAAUACCAACGAGAGACAUGUCAACAUUAGCUCACCUGACUUCCGACUUGGCAUGGCACUACAACCUCUGGAGCCAGGUAACAAUCUAGUUACAUGUGAGUUUCAGGCCAUACCGUUACGUGGCCUGGGAAUUCGCUUCAGAGAGCUAGCUGAGUACGGUAUCGUCAUGAACGAACACCCAAGAAAACUUGUGAUCCGCCUUGUGCAUGAGAAACCACAUGAAUUACUAUCUGUAGUCAAGCAAGCGUGGGUUAGCAAGUACGUGCAGAGUGGUGUUCGUUGUGAGAUGCGUUUCGGCACGAUGUUCCCAUACGAAACCAACGAAGUUACUUUCAAACAACUUGAUACAUAUCAUCCAGCGGAGUUCCUGUCAUCCAUGGUACCAAUGAUAGCCACAGGCUCGUCAUCAGCCGCCAAAAAAGUCAAAGGAAAUACAGGUGGAUAUGGCAUGGUACAAGAACCUACGGAUGAUCGAUACAGUUUUCACCCAAACCCCAAAUUCGACUAUUGUAUCGAGCUGAGUACACAGCUCGCCCCUUUCGGGAUUAAAUUCCCUCUGAACCACUGGGUGCCGCAGGAAUUUCGAUACCGCCCGAGCACUUCAGAUGUUAUACCUACCCAGUCUACCCAGUCUACCCAGUCUACCCAACCUACCCAACCUACCCAGCCUACCCAGCCUACCCAGCCUACCCAGGGGUCUCAGGAGCAUCAUGAGGCUCAAUUAAGCCUUCAGGCACAAAUGAGCCUUGGAGCUCUUGCAGCUUAUCGAAUUGAUAGAUUUGAGUCCUCUUCGAUUCGUGACUCAGCUUCCAAACGGCGCCAUGCACAAAAUAAGCCAACGACUAAUAUGGCCAAUGAAAUUAUACAGCAUCAUCUCGAAGUCCAACCCCCUCAAGAUAACUCGAGCCCUCAAGGCAAGAAUAAACCCUGGUAUAAUGCCAGUUCUCGAAAUGAUCGGACACGUAAAGACAAGCGAGGGGGCCGACGCGGCAAUGACACCCGGAGUCAUCGCCCUAAGCGAUCGCCCAAUGCAGACCCCUAAGGCUAAAUCAAAUGAGACAUUGAAAGACUGUGUGGCGUCGCUGAGCAAGAUCGGGAUAUGGCAACUACUACG